AGCUACCUCCACGUGAGUGUAAGUGACCGGCGUCAUGUCAACAAACUCUGUCACUGUGAACGGAGGCGAGGACGAGGAGUUCAGGGGCUUUGUGGCCCUAUACGGCGGGGUCCUGCAGUCCUCAGGGAUCCCUCAGAUCUACUGGAGGAGCCUCCACCACAAAAUCACCAACGAGAUUUAUGAUGCUGGGGAGGUUUUCGGAAUCAUGCAGUUCCAACAAGCAGACGAUGAGGAGGAGGAGGAAAAUGGAGAGAAUGAGGAGAAGAAGAGGUGCAACCCUGGAGCAGCGAUCAGCUGUAAGGUGGUGGUGACCCGGGAUAGCGGGCUGUCCGCCGCAGAGCCGACCAGCGUCUUCUUGGUGGAUCACGCCUGGACGUAUCGUAUGGAAGGUGCCCGUCAGCAGCUGGAGCAGGUCCCCGGCCUGCUGCCCAGAAUGGCGGCCCUCAUGGGGGUGGACUUCCACGGCGAGGCCCCUGACCCGGACACGGUGGAGCUGGUGAUGGAUUGCAUGUGGAAGUACAACCAGACCUAUAAACUCAACCAGGGGUCUCCAGAGGACAAGGUUCCUGUGUGGUACAUCAUGGAUGAGUUUGGCAGCCAGGUGCAGCACUCGGACCAGCCCAGCUGCGCUCUGGCUCCCUUCUUCUACAUUCAGGGAGGCCUGACCUACUCCGUGCUGUGGCCCCUGCAGGACCUGCAGGAGGGAGAUGAAGUAACCCGAGACUACACAUACGGGGAGCCAGACCCUCUGCUGAGGAAAUGCCGGCUGUUACCAUGGAGACCUGCUGAGCUAGAAGGGGUCAGCAGUGUCACCACUGAACCCCCAGACUCUUACUAUGAGUUCAUUGCAUUGGAGAACAAGGAGCAGCUUCCUGUUGAGAUCAAACCCCACACUGUCCCCGAGGACAAAAUCCUCAAGGUUUACUCUGACAUGUCUCAAGUCAUAAACAACCUGACGCAUCCACGCUUCCAGCUGACAGAGGACGAGGAGGAGGCCGACAUCAUCUGGAGAUUCGAUCACAUCAAAGACUACAGGAAGCUGAGCGAGCAACGACCUCAUGUGAUGUUAAACCAGUUUCCCUGUGAGAGCAUCGUCACUGUGAAGGACCUCAUGGCCGCUGUGGCCCGCAGACUGAGAGGUGGCCCGCAGCCUGAUUGGCUACCAGAGACCUUCAACCUCCAGUCAGAGCUGCCACAGUUCAUCAAGCGUUAUCAAGAGAGACAACACAGGGGAGAGGAUAACCACUGGAUCUGUAAACCCUGGAACUUGGCCCGUGGACUGGAUACACAUAUCACCAACAACCUGGACUACAUAAUCAGACAAAGAGAGAGUACACCAAAGGUGGUGUGUAAGUACCUUGAGGAUCCAGUGCUUUUCAACAGAGAGGAGGUUGGAAUGGUGAAGUUUGACAUUCGCUACAUGCUGAUGCUGCGCUCUGUGCAGCCUCUGCGCCUCUAUGCCUACGACGUCUUCUGGCUGCGCUUUGCUAAUAGACCAUUCUCCUUGGACCAUUUUGAUGAUUACCAAAAGCACUUCACCGUCAUGAACUACACAGAUGGAGUGGAACUGAAGCAGGUGCACUACGAUGAGUUCAUCCCCAUGUUUGAGAAUCAGUACCCACUGUAUCCAUGGAAGGAGGUGGAAACGGAGGUGUUUAAAGCGUUCAGGGAGUUCUUCGAGGCAGCCUCAUCUCGACCAGCUCCUUACGGUAUUUGUUCCUACCCGUCGUCCCGGGCGAUCUACGCUGUAGACCUCAUGCUGAAGUGGAGCAAGGGGCCUAAUGGUGAGCGAGUCAUGCAGCCUCAGAUCCUGGAGAUGAAUUUCAGCCCAGACUGUGCAAGGGCCUGCCUCUACCACCCCUCCUUCUACAACCACAUGUUCCAGACUCUGUUCCUGGAUCAGCCCGAGCAGUGCCCGGUCACCCAGAUCCUAUGAUCGACUCCACAGCACGGCCAGUGUAUCGACCAUCUUUCCAAUUUGAUUUUAGGAGCCUAUGAAACAUUUUUGCCUCUGUAGCUCAGGUCCCAAAAUUUUAAAAUUGUUACUUUUUUUUCCUAUUGAUGAAUUUAUUACAGUUGUCCCCAAAACUGCUGCCGUUACGAACUCAGUGAUGAAAACCAAAACUCGAAUGUACAAAUAAGCAAUAAAAACAUUUUUUGGAUAAAA